AUGGGUGGAACCGGGACACGUGACGAUCCGUCCAAAGAAGAAGAAGAAGGAAUGCCGGCCACCAACAUCCGCCAAGACAAGCCAGCAUGGUGGCACGACCUUGAUAUCGAGGAGCAGGUAGACCCCACUGAGCUAACAACUGCAAAGGCCGGAGUGGGCUGUGGGGUAGGCGAACGCAUCAUGUGCAUCGGCAACAAAGACCAGAUCAAGGAAGUAGUGGAAAGGGGCCAGCACUGGGAAGCCGCACUACUUCUCCAGUCGAACCAGAGGCCUCUCGCGAAGAUACAGAGACUGCUGCAGAUCAUGGAGAUGAACAGACUCCCAUCGUACGAUUUCUUGUCGGAUGAGACACACGAUGUGGUACAGGCCGUCAAUUACUGUAUCAUCGUAACCUUUUCGAACAGUCUUGGUCCAGCAGCACAUCAGAUCAGUAUCACUGAGCCACUCGAACAGCAUAUCGAGGAAGUGGAGAAGGUCUAUAGCCUUAUCCUCCCUUACACACUGUGUCCGUCAAGUCUCUUCAUCGAGAUCAUCCGCAUCAACCGCCUCCGUCAAGAACUCAGCCUCACUUCCAUCGUGGAUACGCAUCAGUAUGCUAAAGAUGCACAAAGCAUUCUUUCCCGCAUCGAAUUGUUCGUACCAAGAAAAUGGGCGCAGUCUUGGGAUCAGAAAGAUGACUGGCAGCUAAUCGCAUCGAUCUGGCAGUCUGCAAUCGCACUCUACUGCAUAAUGUCCUUGCAAGCUGUUGACAUUAUUCCCCGCAAUACAGAGAUGGAUCGCAUGCGAAUGCGACAUCGCGAUCGUCUGUUCAAAGAUCUGAAGGCUGCCACGCCCUUGAAGCAGCUCAAGAAGAUAUCGACAUUUCCACUGUGUGUGCUUGGCGUGGAAGCAGGCUAUCACGUCCAGCAAAGCACUCGGAUCUGGAUUGAAAGGCACUUGGAAGAACAUGCCCGCCUUCUUGGUAGCAACAGUCCUUUGAAGGCGCGGGAAGUGCUCCGACGAUACUGGAGGCGGAAGAAACCUGGUUGGAAUAAGUGCUUUGAUGAGCCGCUCACAACUCUUGUGCCAGCGGGCGUCUGCUGA